UUGGAUUUUCAGAUUCAGAAGUCUAUAAUCAUUUGUUUCACCCGCUGCUUCCUCGAGAUCUAUUUUCACAGUGUGGAGACGAGAUGCUAGUUUUGUGUACACAAUAAUAAGAGGCUUGCGCGUGGGUUCGGUUUCCAACGCGACCUGUAGCAGUCACAUAACUCUGGUCCGGGGCGUUACGUCGGGUUUGUUGACGCAGUGCUAUCAACCCACACGUAACGUCACGGACCAGAGCUACCCGUAGUGCUGAUUAUAAAGCACCUUUUUUUUUUUUUUUUUUAUCGUAAUGACCCAAGUAAGGUAAACCGGUUUCAUACCUGGGCUGCCAUUCAUUCACCGCUGCUUGGUGGGUGAAAAAAACACUUCCUACUUAUUCACUCAGUGUACAAUAUAUCUUCUGCUGACUAGAUAUGGCUCGAACUACAGCCCCUGUGCCCGACGGAAACCUCACCAUACAACUGAACGGGAAUAACUUCAAAAACGCGAAUUGUAAGAAAAAUGGAUACCACAAUAAGGCGCAGAAAAACAGCACAGCACACAGCGCUGGGCCCCCCUCCAGUCGGCAGAGGUUUCAGAGACCAGAAUCCUUUGAGAAUCCUCCCAUGUACGUAGCUGUGAUGACAUACCUGGGGUUCGGCAUCGUCACAGUGUUCGGAUACUUCAGGGACUUCCUCAGAGCAGUAGGACUGGAGAAAUGUCACAUCGCCAGGGAGAGAGAGGAGCAGAAGGAUUUCGUCCCUCUGUACCAGGACUUUGAGAACUUCUACACCCGUAACCUGUACAUGAGAGUAAGAGACAACUGGAACAGACCUAUAUGCAGUCUGCCUGGCCCUGUGUUUGAUGUGAUGGAGAGGGUGUCCCCAGACUACAACUGGACAUUCAGUUUAACAGGGAAGACCAUAGAUGAUGUCAUCAACAUGGGUUCCUAUAACUACCUGGGUUUCGCUGAGAACAACGGUGAUUUCCUGAAAACUGUGGCAGACAGAACCCAGCAGUAUGGUCUCGGGGUCUGCAGCACUCGACAGGAAAUGGGUAACCUGGCUAUCCAUGAGGAGUUGGAGCAGCUUGUAGCCACCUUCCUGGGGGUAGAGUCCUCCAUGAUCUUCGGCAUGGGCUUUGCUACCAACUCUAUGAACAUACCGGCACUGGUCGGAAAGGGCUGUCUGAUUCUGAGUGAUGAGCUGAACCACACCUCGCUGAUCUUGGGAGCCAGGUUGUCAGGGGCAACUAUUUGGGUGUUUAAGCACAACAACAUGCAGAGCCUGGAGCGUCUGUUGAGGGAGGCGGUGUGUAGUGGGCAGCCUCGGACCCACCGGCCCUGGAGGAAGGUUCUGAUCAUGGUGGAAGGAAUCUACAGUAUGGAGGGGUCGGUGGUGCGUCUGCCAGACAUCGUAGCCCUGAAGAAGAAGUACAAGGCCUACCUGUACCUGGACGAGGCUCACAGUAUCGGGGCGGUGGGGCCGACAGGGAGGGGUGUGACAGAACUGUUUGGUCUGGACCCCUCGGACAUCGACGUCAUGAUGGGAACGUUCACCAAGAGUUUUGGGGCUGCCGGAGGAUACAUGGCUGGGAAAAGGGAGCUGGUCGACUACCUGCGUAGCCACUCCCACAGUGCGGUGUACGCCUCGGCCAUGUCUCCUCCCGUAACAGAACAGAUCCUGAGAGCCAUGAAAUGCAUCAUGGGGCUGGAUGGAACCACCGUGGGUCAGGCCAGGGUACACCAGCUGGCAGAGAACACACGCUACUUCAGGUCUCGUCUUCAAGAGAUGGGCUUCAUCAUCUAUGGUAACGAUGAUUCUCCUGUGGUCCCAAUUCUGCUCUACAUGCCAGGAAAAGUUGUGGCUUUCUCUCGCGCCAUGCUGAAGAGGAAGAUAGGAGUGGUGGUGGUGGGAUUCCCUGCUACGCCCAUCACAGAGGCACGGGCACGCUUCUGUCUGUCUGCGGCACACACCAAGGCCAUGCUCGACCAGGUGUUGUUUGAUCUGAACGAGUUAGGAGAUGAUUUGUGUCUGAAGUUCUCCCGGAGGAAAUAUUCUCCUCGUCCACAACAACACAACAACAACGACGACACAGACUUUGAGCUGGACAGUUAGCCAAUAGACUGAUAGGAUAACCCCUGAUCUCUGACCUCCCACCUCUGACCUCUGACCUCUGCACUGAGAGACUGUAACGGUGGUUCCAUGCUGACAGGGAAUGGCCAUACGUCUCAAUAAUUUGUCCUUUAUCUCGAAGUGUGCACUUGUGCUCUCCUCUCCACCCACACAUGUUAUAAACAUUGGAUUGGGUGUAAGCCUGGGUUAAACAGUGUCUAGUACCAUUUGUCUUGUACCAGAUCAUAAUGGGAUGUGAACCGGUCGUACAUGGUUAAAUUUUGGGAACAGCAGGUGCCUUCCGUGCCAGUCCAAUACACCGAGAGAGUGGGGUCUCAUCCCUGCCAGUCCAAUACACCGAGAGAGUGGGGUCUCAUCCCUGCCAGUCCAAUACACUGAGAGAGUGGGGUCUCAUCCCUGCCAGUCCAAUACACAGAGAGAGUGGGGUCUCAUCCCUGCCAGUCCAAUACACCGAGAGAGUGGGGUCUCAUCCCUGCCAGUCCAAUACACAGAGAGAGUGGGGUCUCAUCCCUGCCAGUCCAAUACACAGAGAGAGUGGGGUCUCAUCCCUGCCAGUCCAAUACACAGAGAGAGUGGGGUCUCAUCCCUGCCAGUCCAAUACACAGAGAGAGUGGGGUCUCAUCCCUGCCAGUCCAAUACACCGAGAGAGUGGGGUCUCAUCCCUGCCAGUCCAAUCCACAGAGAGAGUGGGGUCUCAUCUCAUCAUAUACAACCAAAAGGAAUGUCCAGUGCCCGAGGUGCUGCUGCUCUGUUCUGUAUAUAAUAGUGUGUUUAUAUUAGAAUGUAAAUGAAGAGAUCAUAUAAUUCGGAUCAUUCGAUCAACCAAUCAUUAUACAAGGCAACCAAUCGUUUGUAAAUAAGAUUGUGUUCUUAUUUGACUGGCCUGAUUAAUAAAUAAAUGUCAAAUGAAUGAAUUGA